UCCACUGUUAUAUCUUACAUUAAAAUGGAGAAGAAAUUGAUUAUUUUAGGUGUGGGUGUCGUCGCUGUGCUGAUUCUGAUUGUUGCAGUUCCGUUGGGAGUGAUGUUCUGGCCACUGAAGCCAACUUUCAUUGAUAGAUGUAAAGAGCUCAAUGGAUACGACUGUGAAACGUGGUGGGGUGCAUUUGAACAAGCCUAUGUGGGGAAGGACCCUCGUAAAGUUCACAUGGAAGACUAUGACAAUUUCAUUAAAGCAGUCAACUUCAGUGCUGAACCCAACAAACUGAUGUUCUGGAGCAAAACGAAGGAUGUGGUCCAUGCCUUCACUAAGAAGAAGAAAGAUUGUUUUCUCACGGUGGAGGACACUGCGUUGGGAUAUAUGCUGGAUGGUCUGAUGAGCUGGUGUGGAAAGGAGGGUUGCACCAAAACAUUCCGUAAAAUCGGCUGCCCAGGAUGGAAAGAGAACAACGCUGUUGGUUCAUUCUGGAACAGAGUCUCAGCUGCUUUUGCAGAUGCUGCCCGUGGUGAUGUCACAGCAAUGCUAAACGGAGACAUCGACACACCAUUCAAUCCUAACAGUACUUUUGCAACCAUCGAGGUGAAGAGGUUCGACUCCCCCAAGGUGAAAAGCCUGACUGUUGUUCUGGUCACAGGAAAGAGCGCUGUGACAAACUGCAAAAAUGCAUCUUUAAAGGAUUUACAGAGAGAGCUGAAAAAAGGAAUUGCAUAUAACUGCAAGGAAGUGACUGAAGCUCAGCUCGAGGAGUGUAGCUCCAAUCCUGAGAGACCCUGUGGAGCCUGUUGGUGAAGACAUGUGAAAUAAUUAUCAGAUUAUAUGAGACACAAUAAUAACCAGCUGUUAAAAAAGAAGAAGAAAGAUAUAAGAAAUAUGCUAUUGCAGAAUAUUCUUUUUGUACCUGUGGGCCAGUUUGACUUAAUGUGAAAUGUUUUGUUUUUUUUAUAGAAAUUUCACUGAUACAUUUUUUUACAAUAUGACAACGCACCUUUUUAUCUUUAGCUUUUUAUUGAAUCUAAAAGAUCUGUGGUAACAUGCCAUGUACUGUAGGCCAGGGUAAAGUACCAGUGUUGCUAUCUAGUUAUAUUCAAGUGACCGACCAUCACUCCCACCUACUGGCACAAUGAAAUGUUUUUAAAUGAAAUGUGAAAAUAUGAGGUUGUGAAAUUGUCUUUGGAUUCUCAAAGAGUGAUUAUCUGGGUAAAAUAACUAUGUUAAAUGUUUUUGAUUUAUUUUUGAUUUACAGCUUAAAAAACUGGACCUUUGACACUUAAUUACCCUCUUACAUAACUUAAUUAAAUAUUAAAUUGUUAUCCAAGUUAUCCAUUUGUACAACAACAACACCACUGAGGGUUCCAUAUUCAGGGAUUGCACGUUAUGGAUCAACUUAAUUUAUUAAUGAGAUAACAAAAUAUGAACAAGACCAUUAUA